AUGGGUUUGAAGGCGAUUACAAAUUCCCUCGGCACUAUUUACCCGAUACCAUGGCAGGUACGGAAAACGAUAUAUCCCCUUUGUCUUUGCGUGUUUCUGACAUAUAUUUGUAUUACCUUAGACGACAGCAAAACACCUCUUGUAUUAGUUGCCUGUGGUUCUUUUUCACCCAUCACCUAUCUUCACCUGCGCAUGUUUGAAAUGGCGCAGGAUCAUUUCAAGGAACGGAACGAAUACGAGCUGCUGGCAGGUUACUAUUCUCCGGUAUCUGAUGCGUAUAUGAAGGAAGGACUGGCCAAAGCUUCACAUCGCGUAGAAAUGUGUACACUGGCUGUAGAAUCCACCUCGGACUGGUUAAUGGUAGACUCUUGGGAACCACGACAGGGGUCGUAUCAACGAACAGCUGUUGUGCUGGAUCAUUUUGACCAUGAGCUGAACGUGGCCGGCGAUGGCAUUCGUACCAAGAGUGGCGAACAACGCAAAAUCAAGAUUAUGCUUUUGGCAGGCGGUGACUUGAUUGCGUCUUUUGGCCAUCCCAAAGUCUGGGCUCCUAAGGAUUUGCAUCAUAUCGUUGGUCACUAUGGUUGUGUCAUAAUUGAGAGAACCGGAACAGAUGUGUAUGGAUUCCUGCUUUCACAUGACAUUCUUUACCAGCAUAGAAUGAAUGUCACUGUCAUCAAGCAACUGAUACAUAACGAUAUCAGCUCCACCAAAGUUCGACUGUUUGUAAAACGCGGCAUGUCCAUCAAAUACUUAUCACCCAACCCGGUGAUCGACUACAUAUACAAGCAUGGAUUGUACAAAGCCAAGGCCGAUUCCGAUACUUUAUAA